AUGGUCGGGUCCUCGGUGAAAGCACACGCAGCGGCUGCACAGAUCGUCUCCGCCACAGAGGAGGUCCCACUGCGAGAGGAGGGCCCACUGCGAGAGGAGGUCCCACUGCGAGAGGAGGGCCCACUGCGAGAGGAGGGCCCACUGCGAGAGGAGGUCCCACUGCGAGAGGAGGUCCCACUGCGAGAGGAGGGCCCACUGCGAGAGGAGGGCCCACUGCGAGAGGAGGUCCCACUGCGAGAGGAGGUCCCACUGCGAGAGGAUGUCCCACUGCGAGAGGAGGUCCCACUUCGGACUCAACACGUUUCCGGUCCGCCGGAAAUUUAA